GAAAAAAGGGAGCGAAGCCGGCGAAGAGAGUUUGUUAUGUCCGGUGACUGACUAAACUCUGAAUUAAUGAAAAAGAAAAAUAACUAGGUAAUUUUAUAUAAAAUACCAGUCUCUUUCUCUGCCUGCCCCCCCGCCCCUCUCCUCAUUAUUUUCGCCGGUCAAAGCAAACCCUAGCCUACCCCCAUUCUCUCUCCUUCUCUCUCUCUCUCGCCUCAUCUCCUUCACAUCUUCCUUCCUCUCUUUCUCGCCCGUCCGAUUCACCCGAUGGACGACGACGACGACGAGAUCCAAUCGCAUCCAUCUCCCUCUCCUCGCAGUGAAUCUCCGCCUUCUCCCCAUCCCAACGGCCGCAUCACCGUCACCGUCGCCGCCGCACCUCCCCCGAACAACACUCUCACUCUCGCCCUCCCUAUUCAACAACAACCGCCUCAGCAACAACUCCAGCUCCUCCCUCCCCCUCAGCCUCACCUGCUGCAGCAGAGGAUCGGCGGCAACGGCGGCGGCCGCGAGGAUUGCUGGAGCGAAGCCGCUACCGCGGUGCUGAUCGACGCCUGGGGCGAACGCUAUCUUGAAUUGAGCAGAGGUAAUCUUAAACAGAAGCACUGGAAAGAGGUUGCGGAUAUUGUCAGUAGCCGUGAGCAUUUUGGGAAAACUCCCAAAACUGAUAUUCAGUGUAAGAAUCGGAUCGAUACGGUUAAGAAGAAGUAUAAGUCUGAGAAGGCCAAAAUUGGCUCGGGUUGUGGUCCUAGUAAGUGGCCUUUUUAUGAGAGGCUUGAUCAAUUGAUCGGUCCGUCUGCUGCUAAGAUUCAUUCUGGUUCUGGUGGUGGUGGAGGAGGAUCAGCUGGCACUUCGUCUGCCUUGGUUUCUCCUGCAUUUGUGCCCAAAGGCGUUCCAAUGGGAAUACCUGUGGGAGUUAGAUCGCUUCCUUUUUAUAAACAGCAGCAGCAAAAGAGACAGAUUAGAAAGCGAGUCCCUGUGGAUUCUGAGUCAUCUCAAUCGGAGAGAGAGCCAACACCUGACUCCACUGAUAGUUUCCCACCGGAGACUUAUGAGCCUAUUCCUAAAAGGCCUAGGUACCUUCAGCCACAUCGGGAAAUGAAUUUGAGGCCAUUAGCUCAGUUAGGAUGGAAAGGAAAAGAGAAGGAAAGGGAUAGGAAUUAUAAUGGCAAUGCCAAUGCUAAUGUGAAUGUCAAUGUCAAUGCAAGUGCCAAUGCAAAUUCUGAUUGGGGGAAUUCUGUCAGAGAGCUGACUCGAGCUAUACUCAAAUUUGGUGAAGCAUAUGAGCACGCCGAGACCUCCAAGCUGCAACAGUUAGUGGAGAUGGAGAAGCAGAGAAUGAAGUUUGCAAAGGAGCUUGAGUUGCAGAGGAUGCAGUUUUUCAUGAAGACGCAACUGGAGAUCUCUCAGUUGAAACGUAGGAGAGACGGGGGAGGUAAUACCAGUAACAAUCAUCAUCACGAUAAUAAUAAUAUUAAUAAUAGCAAUAAUAGUGACAGCAGUAAUUAGAUUUGAUUCCAGGGAUAUUAAGAGGGUAUUGGAUUAGUGUUAGAUUGCCUAUGGGUUAAAUAAUACCCCUGUUGUUGAGUACCAAAGUUCUUGUAUGUGCCAUUUGUAGUUUAAAACCUUUAUUAUGUCAAUGUUACUCUUGAUUUCAUGUUUCUAAA